AUGGACUCAUCCCACACCUCAGCCGCGCAUCCCGCGGCUGUCCAGGAGAAAUCGAGCAAGGCAGUAUCAGACUACCUUAAGCAAAAAGGAAAAGAUGAGCAAUUGCGCGUGCUGCGCGAGCGCAAACGACCGCUCAACUUGCUGGAUCUCCCCGUCGAUAUCCUUCAGAUGAUCGCCAAAGAGGCAUGUUUGCUGUCAUCCUGGCUCUGCCUUUUCACGCAUACUACCGACCUCACUGCGCUUGCCCUGACCCAUUCAGCAUUUUACAACCUAGCCAUCCCCUUGAUCUAUUCACGCUUCGAUAUUGUAUGGCCUGAACCUCAGAGUGGUGGCUCCGAAGGCAAGAGCGUCGAUGCUCUUACGUACGGUCUUUCAACACUUUGUCUAGGGAGCUCUUUUGCCCACACGAUUCACAAGUCGCAUGGGAAAUACUACAAUUCUUCCGGCCUCACCAAGCUCACAGACAACAACUAUGCGAAGUACUGCAGGAAGUUCUCUUUGGGCAAUGGCCCCCCUGAGUGGGUAUCUGACUACCAUAUAUCAAAAGAGAGCGGCAGGAUGCUCGGCAUUCUUGUAGCCAUGGCUAUACGGAAAAUGAAGAACCUCGAGACAUUUAUUUGGGACAUGCCCACUGGUGUUUUAUCUGAGGUUUUUAUGGCGCUGGCUUCGUUGGGGGGACCGUCAGGCAAAGAGACCAGCUUGAAUCGUGUAUGGGUUCGCUGGCACGAUAAUUCCGACAUCUAUGGAAAUGGCGAGUAUGAUCCCAACGAAGAGGCAACCACUACUGCCCUAGUUCCUCCGGGAAGCCAGCUCACACCUGUCGGCAUUCUGGUACCUCCUGAAGCCGAUUUACCUGUGCGUCUAGAGCCGAUCAAAUACUCCGAAUACCGGUGUGAAUACCCGACUUUUAGCUGCCUGCCACCACUUAAAAGCUUGACGGUUCUCGACAUUGAUGAAAUUGGCUAUCUGGAUGAAAUGGCCACCCUCAUCGAAACUUCGAAAGAUACGCUGCAAGAGCUCAGAGUCGGCAUUGCACUCAGAGCUGUGGGACGUGAUUUUGCACAGACAUGGGACGGGCCGAACCUCAAACAAGUGGAUCAUGAAGCCAGGUGGCCUGGCGAAAGCAGGAUUGGAGAGAGGAGACUAGGAGGUGUUUUGGGCCAUGAUAGUCUGUGGAAGAUGCUACGAAAGCAGUUUCAACCAACCCCAGUCAAUGUUGACCUCAACGGCCAGCCGUCGCGUUCGAAUGGUCCUCUUCAAUACCACUUGGCACUCAAGCAUAUCCACACAGACACAACCACGCUCUCUCUUAUCAAUUUCAUCAGAGAUACGCUCGCGCCAAAUACUCUCGAGGUUCUUUUCUUGCAAGAUCGCAGGCGCGCUACACACCCCGUCGAUAUCGACAUCAUCUUUAAGGGGGCCAUCAAAAAGCAUUAUGCCAGCUUGAAGAAGCUGCUCCUUGAUUGCUCUGCCCUUCCCAACCAAACGGCCGCUACCGAUAGUUCCAGCAUCAGGUGGAGAAGAUGGAUCCCCAGCACGGAGAUGGUGCGUUACAUUACCAGUGGAAGAAUGGCCAAUCUGCGGGAGCUGGCUAUUUGUCUUGAUUAUAGGGAUUGGCAUUUCUUUUUGCAGAGGUUACCCAACAUUCCCCAGCUACGCUCGUUGCACAUUCCUCAAGUUAAUGAGUAUCCUCAUAUCCUCCCGGAUCGCAGUUGCUUUGAGCCUAAGGAGCUGGCCCUCCAAGUUCUCGACAUCAUUACCCUUCGUCCCGAGGUUAGCCUCUGCUAUGUUGGCAUUGCGCAGAAGUGCUUCGAGAUCCUCGAAUAUCGUGACAACGGCGGUCGGAAGAGAAAAGGCAAGAGUAGCAAGAAUGGUGUUUCUGGUGAUAGCGUUGCACCAGUCUCCCUGGGCCAGGACGGAAGCGCUACUUCAAGCACGAAUCCCGCCGGUACACCCACGACUGAGCAGUACGACUCAGACGACGACGACUCAGACGAUCUGCUGAUGAAUGAUGAGCAAGAGGAGGAAGAUGAGAAUGGGGAAUUUGUGGAUGAAGAUUCAGACGAAGAUGAUGAUGAAGAAAUUAGUGAUGAGGAUGAUGACGACGAUGCCGAUGACGAGGAUGAGGAAAGUGAGGUUGAGAGUACGGUGGCGAGUGAUCCGGGCGAGCUCGGCGGAGGAGGGCAAGAAGAUGACGGCACUGGCGCAAGCGACGAUGAUGACGGCUUUGUGGAUCCAAACAAAGGUAGACUGAGGUUCAAGCUGCGGGAGAUCUUGUUUUACGACGAUAAGGUCGCCAUUUUUAAGGCGAGGCAUGGCAAGUUAUGA